GCCAUCGGCCACAACUCAAGCUGCACUAGUCAGUUACUUCUCCGUUCGGGCCAACGCCGAGCAUACGGAAGAAAGGGCCUGCGAUUCUUCUCUUCUUUCAUCUCUCUCUCUCUCUCUGAAGAGAAGGGUGAGAGAAAGAGAAAAGGGGAAAGUAGAAGGGGCAAAGCAACGGGAGGAGAAGGUGAAGGGAGUUAAAGAGAGUGGGUCGAUAAAGAUGAGGAUUGUGCUUCAAGUUUUUAGGAGCAUUGACGAGCUUUUUGCUGGAUAGAGAUCGGUAUCUCGUGUUCGACGCGGAUUGAUAGAGGUGGAGGAUGACAUCGAGAAUAAAUGGCAGCAUGAAAAGGACUAAAGAGCUGAGUCAUGCUAAACAGAAGAUGCCAAACUGGGUUUUUAUUGUAGGCGGGGCCUUGUUAAGCGCUUUUUCUCUUAGGCUUUGUUGUAGGUUGAAACAAGUAUUUGACUUUAAGAGAGGAAGAACAAGCUACGCUCCAUCAAAAGAGAAUAGAAACUCAACUCCUAAUAAGAGACGUGAAACAUGUAAAUUGGAUUCACAAUUGUAUUGCUUUAUUCCACAUGAGGACAUAUGUUACCAAUGCCUCUCAGCAGGUGCCAAGCAUACACCCACGAACCCUCUGUCUAAAUAUGGUAAUAAUACUCUGCAACUAGUAAAUGUUUCAUCAUCACAACCAAGCAAAGAAAAUAAUGGCGUGGUGUGGGAUUCAGUACCUGAUCUCCUUGAGCUACCUACAAAGCCAUUUAACCAUUCAAACAGCUUAGAAUCUCCCUGCUUAUCAGAAUCUGGAUCGGAUAUCUACAGCAAGAGAGAGGUUAUACAGAAACUACGCCAGCAACUUAAGAGGCGAGAUGAUAUGAUCGAAGAAAUGCAAGUCCAAAUCACAGACCUCCAAAAUUCCCUGACCGUUGAAAUGGCUCACACUACACAUUUGCAGGCUCAGCUUAGUUCCUCGAAUCAUGAACUGCUGGAUUCAAAGCAAGAGAUCCAAAGGCUUAGAAAAACCAUUUCUAAUCAGUUUUCAUGUGUGUUUGGUCCUCCUGAAAAUCCUCUGCGUAGCAGCAUUUGGCUGCCUGAAGCUGCAAAUGAUUUUGCCAAUGGAAGCCUUGAUGGUGUAGAGAAGAUUAGAGAGGAGAUGAUUGAGAUGUUGAAGAGAGAGGUCAAGGAAUUGAAGGAAGCCAUUGAAGGCAAGGAGUUCUUGAUUCAGAGCUACAAGGAGCAGAAGCUGGAAUUGAGUUCUAAGUUGAAAGAACUGCAGCUGAGACUCGUCUCUCAGGCUCUUAGUUAGUUCAUUCGUAUAUUAUAGUCGUAUAAUAUUUGCAUGUACGAUUUUUUUUUUUUUAAAAUCUUGUAAAGUUACAGAAAGGGCAUGCAUCUUAACCUCCAAAAGUUUAUAACUCAUAUUUUAUGUGUUCAUGAGAAAUUUGGUGCUGUAAAUAAUUCUUGAAUGAAUAUCUCGCCACAUCUUAAUACUCA